GGGUUACCUGGGUCCUGGUGGUGUGGCGCUGCUGCAAGACAACACAUCGUCACCAGAAUGUGUGGGAGGCGCUGCCGGAGAGGUGGACCGCUGGCUCUUGACAUCUCAACACAUCUACCAAAAUCCCACAGCCAAGGAGGUCUACGGCUCCGCUGCCUUUGAUCCAGAAGGAGUCCUAGGGUCGCUGACAUCGAUCUUCCAGGUGUUUUUGGGGUCUACAGGCAGGUAUGGUGCUGCAGGCACAUCAGAGCCACCAUGGUCGUGCGUGUCGCUGGCUGCUGUGGUGUGUACUGCUGGGGGCGGUGGGUGCUGCCUCUUGCAAUGCCUCAUCAACGAUGGUGUUAUCCCUGUCAACAAGAACCUAUGGUCUCUCUCCUUCGUCAUGGUUACCUCCUGCUUCGCUUACUUCCUGCUGGCUGUCUGCUACCUGCUGGUCGAUGUCUGGGGUGUGUGGAGUGGCCCUUUCUACCAGGCAGGUAUGAACAGCAUCUUCCUGUAUGUGGGUCAUAAUGUAGCAUACAACAUCUUUCCUUGGCAUUAUGCUGUGGGUCUCAUGCAUACUCACCUGGCUACACUGACAGAGACCCUCUGGGGAACUACACUCUGGGUCAUCAUAGCACUCUACUUGCACCACAAGAGAAAGUUUUAUACAGUGUAAACCCCCAUUAUAUUAUACUAUAUAUUAUUAUUAUUAUUACAGUCAGAACUAAGCUCUAAACUCACUAGGGUCAUGUAAAGCCUCGGCAGCAUGCCACAUACACACCACCUCACACCCUUCUUAUAGUUUGGGCCAUCCAUUAUUGUUUAAGAAACUCAUAUGUAGCUAUAGGCAGUCAUGAUGUAUUAAUGUUGAAACUAAUAUUUAGUUUUAUUCUAAU